CAACCGAGACCACGGUGACCGAGAGACUGUAACUUGAGUUUUUUUGUUUACUUCCUCAACGAGCGCGUGCGGUAGUCGUGAACGUGGUGAAAGUUGUGUGUCUUUCACUUCUUCGGUUGUUUUCUCGAAAUCGUGGAGCACGGAGCAACUUUCAGUGCGACCUCAUCAGGAAGGACAGCAGCGGCUACUGCGUCCGUGAGCAGCCUUCGGAGAACGCUGCAAGUUCGCGCCAUCGGUGAUUGAGCUGGUGAGACGCGCACGAUAUAUCAGUCAGCGUAGCACGUCAACUGGUUACCACGAACACAGCGCCUUUCUUCAUCCGCACUUGGAAGCUGAGCUUGUCAUCCCAGCCGAAGGCGUGCGACGCUCUCUGUGCCGAAUGUCUGACCCAUGAGAGGGCUCCCAAGAUGGAGCUCCUGAGCCUGCUCCGCUCCCAGUGGGAGGCAUUGGAGUCCUUCAGAGACCGACUAGAAGGCGUUGUUCAGCGCUGUGAAGGCAUGCUGCUACUGCUUAACCAGGUCCUGUUCUUCAUGCUGUGCGACCGGUGGUUCUGUCCGGACGAUCGUUUGACAGGCCUCUACUCGCUACUCUUCUACAACAUCCUCUGCUACCUGUGCCACUAUGCUGCCAAUGUGUUCAGCCUGCGUGACUACACACCUUACGUACAUGUGUCCGACACAUCCAAGAUUCGACACCUUGCCAUGAGUGUCACUAAGGUGGUGCUGGAUCUGACUAAGGGUGUAACGUUUGUCAUCACGGGCGUCUUCAUGCUGCUCGUGUUUGGCUUGGAGCAAGGGCUGGAGCACUUCAGCCCAAGCUGGCCGUACGUGGCACUGACGAGUGCCUACUUUGCCCUGACCGAGCGCGCAUGCCAGGAUCGGCUGCCCACUGUGCUAGGCUGGCUGCAGUUGGCUUCCCUGGAGAAUCUGGAACCCCUGUGGGUGCCUGUAUUGUGCCGAUUGGCCUCCUCCCUGGCCACCCUGCUGCUCGUGGUGGCCGUCUCCUUCUGGGGUGGUGGCCAUGGUGGGGGUGCCUGGGGUCUCUGCCUGCUUGCCAGCUACUUCAACGUCUACUUGGGCCUCAAAGCCAUGGAUCGGCACCUGAAGGUGCUGCUGCAGGAGCGGGCUCGACUGGGACGCUUCCGCUUUGCCACACGGCAGGAGCUCAAGGGCCUCGACGACGUCUGCCCCGUGUGCCUUCAGCGCAUGAGCUUGGCUCGUGUCACCCCGUGCCGCCACAUGUUUCACGGCGACUGCCUGCGCCGGAGCAUCAAGGAUCGCACCACUUGUCCCAUGUGCAAGCAAGAGCUGUGGUGCUGAUGUUCACCAUGGACUCUCGAGUAAUGACUGCUCGCUCAAAGGAGCUUUUCUGUUGGCCUUCCCUCCUCACGAGUGAAAUCCAGCUUGGUGUGCAGCUACUCAUCCC